AUGGUAGCCGUCCGCAUCUUCAAGUUCCAGAAAGAGAACCUCGAUAUCCCCUCUCACCUCAAAACAGUCAUACCAACAGAACUCCGCGACGCAUUUUAUCGCGCGAGAUUCGCAGCCGGAGUAGCCUUUCGAUACGUAGAGUAUAUGGCACUCCGCCACGCAAACCGCUAUCAGGCGAUGUGCCCGGCCAAAAGCGUCCACUAUCGUAACCACCAACUAUCCAUCUUACGUCUGUUCAGCUGGCACCAUGAUUACCACUGGAGGAACCCGACGCUCGCCCCAACCGAGAAGCUCGACCGAGCCCUUCUUGAUUUCCACAUAGAUCAGACCGCCUACCGGAGCUACGAGGCUUCCUUCAUCAAGUAUCGAGAGUCACUCAUGGUCGGUCCGUUUCGGGCAUGGCAGCACGCGAAGCGCGGGGUGGAGGUCAUGGCCGCAAAGUCGAAGCUUAGUGAGGUGAAUCGCCGCAUGUGGAAUCAAUUCUGGUACAUCAAUUUUCAGGGAGAGAUGCUGAAAUGGGAGUCUCGGUUUAAGGCGCUCGUUAUCCCGCCUUGGGAGGAGAUUGUUGACGAGCUCUACGAGGCGAUCUUGGAAUGCGUCGAGGGUGCUGAGGAUUUUCUGGCCAAUUCUGGUUAUGAUACUGGGAGCAGGGAUGGUGUCUGA